GGGCGGAGCCAUGCUAAUGAGCCGCCGUUGCGUGAAUAGAUGCUGCGGGAGCAGAGCGGAGCGGGACAUUCGCUGCGGGAGAGAGGAGACACAGGACGAGACAACACGCAGACUCACUUUCACUCGACACACAAACAUCCCACCAUGGCGUCAAAGUGUCCCAAGUGCGACAAGACGGUGUACUUCGCUGAAAAAGUGUCAUCGCUGGGGAAAGACUGGCACAAGUUGUGUCUCAAGUGCGACCGGUGCAACAAGCUCCUGAACGCCGGAGGCCACGCUGAGCACGAUGGAAGGCCCUACUGCCACAAACCGUGCUACGCUGCUCUCUUUGGGCCCAAAGGUGUGAACAUCGGUGGAGCCGGCUCUUAUGUGUACGACACUCCAGCCAACAACAACCCUUCUGCCGGGGAUUCAGUCCCCAAAGCUGAGGAGAAGCGAGUGUUUGCACCAAAGGCACCGUCGAAAGCAGCUGGCGGCAUCACCACUUUCUCCGGAGAGGCCAACCUGUGUCCCCGAUGCAACAAGAAGGUGUAUUUCGCUGAGAAGGUGACAUCGCUGGGCAAGGACUGGCAUCGACCCUGUCUGCGCUGUGAGAGGUGCAGCAAGACUCUUUCUGCUGGCAGCCACGCAGAGCAUGACGGCCAGCCCUACUGCCACAAACCAUGCUAUGCUGUUCUCUUCGGGCCCAAAGGCGUGAACACUGGCGGUGUGGGCAGCUACAUCUAUGACAAGGAGCCCAGUGCCGUGACCCAGCCUUGAACCUUUGUCUCCCCUCAGCCUCAUCCCUCUUCUCUACACAACACUGACCAUCAGACACAGUAUUAUUUGUAGCUUCUUCUUCUCUUCCCCACCUCUGCGUUCAUACCUGAGACGACCAGCCUUCUCUUCUCCCGUCUUCCCCUGUAUGCCGACCCGCUCCCAGCAUUCCCGGGUCACGUGGUUCAUAUGUUACAAAUGCUGGUUAGACAUGUGAAAUGAAUUGUAUUUGCUCCAUCAGCACCACCACAUCCAGCAUUCCCACAGUUGACUCAGAAGUUCCACCAGUUUUUCUGCCAUGUUUACACAUUUAUACACUUUGGGUGUCACUACUGUAAAAACAACACAGUCUUACAGUUCAGUUCUGCACCAGGAGAACAGUUUGAGGAUGUGUUGACGUGACGUAUGUUUAAAAAAGCGAUCGGACAGAAAGUGAAUCUCAGGUGUGGACAGGUGCACCGUGCUGACCUCCAGAGGAUUUACACUUGGAAGCUGGUGCUUGCACAGGUGGUGCUCAGGAGGAGCACGCUACCAGUACAAAAACACAAAAAAAAAAGAAACUUAACAAAUGCCACAUUUACAGUUUGGCUGCCUGACAACAUUCCUUUUUUGUUUAAAACAAAAACAUAUUAAGGAUCUCUGAGACACACGACUUUCUGCAUCAUGAGGCUGUACUGACACGUUCUUCUGAUCAGGUUAAUAACCAGUUUUAUGGCCGAAUCUGGAUUAGGAAAUUUGCUGCGCUAAUAAAUAACAGAAAUAUUUUGGCCCAGCUGUUUUUUAUAAUGCUAUUUUUAAAGCGAGGCAGAAUGGGUCGGGGGAUAAUCAUGUAUUUAUUGCAUUAACUCAAGUCCUUUAAAUUACCUUAGCCACUGUACUACUACCCUUUAUAGGACUGAUCAUGACGGAGUUUAAAUGAGGUGAUGUAAGCUGUAUAAUUCUCUACGAUCAAGAUUUUUAUUGUUAUUUUCAAAUGAAUAACCCUGCUGUUGUUUUCCAAGAGAUGACGUGCUAUUUGAAGUAUUCUAGUUUUUUUUUUUUUUUUUGCCAUUAGCAGCAACCGUAGCUUUAGCUCGUAGUAACAGACGAUCACCGCAGACAAGUCAUUCUGUAAGAAUGUGCACUCAUAGUAUUAUUGUACGACUGUUACCGUGCUUGUUUGUUGCCUGUUGUGCAUCGUGGGGCUUUGUAGACGCCGCAGGGCUCACUGUUUAGAACGCUGCACUUCAGCCCUGCUGCAUUCGUCUGUUUAAUCCCUCAAAUAAAUAUUUCAGAAAGAAGAUCUGUGUUACCACAGUUACUGUUUGACAAAGUAUGGACUCCUCUGUUUAUAAAAUGCAAUUAAAAAAAUGUGUGGUGAGA